AUGGCAGAAAAGGCGGUCAACCACAACAAUGCGGAUGAAACUAGCAAGGACAACAUUGAUGUCGAGACAACAGAGACCGGCGUUCCGUCCACCUCUUCAUCAGAGGAGGAUGUGGUAGAGGCAGAGAUCAUGAAGGGAGCUACUCUCUCCUUAGCUAUGGGUGCAUUCGUCCCGUGCAUACCAGUAGCUAUUGUAUCUUCUGUGCUACUGACACUAAUCUUCCACAACGAGAUCAAAGCGCCCUUCACCGUUGUGCAACAGAUCUCGACGUCCCACUCAACGGGGUUCGUGAACACAACACGGACGGACCUUCAGGCGCUGGAAAAUGGCGGUAAAGCUGUCUAUUGGGUAUGGGCCACAACUGCCACAACGCCCGGUACACUGCAUACAAUUGCAUCGAUUACAGGAAAGAUCAUGCCCUUUUUGACCAGCACCUCCAUGGCUCUGGUGGCUUUUUUCGCCGGCAGACGUGUUGUGCAGGCCAGCAAGAAACUGAAGUACAAAUCUAUACCAACUCCGCAUCAGAUGUCGAUCCUGAUAAGUCUUCUGAACGGCAGUGGUGUGAGUCCGAUCUGGCAGACUCUCAAAUAUCGCAUGCAGGCCCAUGAGACCUUGGUCCAACCUGUGCACUUAGCAUUCUGGUCGCUACUGUGGAUUGUUGCUAUAACUCUCGCUAUACAGGGAGUCGAUUCAUGGUUUGGCGUCGCUGUCCAGCCUGUCACAGUCGAUCUUCUAAGGAUUUCAAACACAACAUCUUCCUUCGGGCGUGGAUUGGAUCCCACAAUCUGCGACUCUCUUACUCACGAUCUACCCUGCAUCGGUGACAGUUCGAAGAACUGCACCUAUCCCUGCAGCAUUACAACGUGGAGCAGCUCUUCACAUACCCAACGUUUCGGCCUACAGCAUGCACAAGAGGGCGCUGAGGUGCUUAUGAAUAACUCCUUGAGUGAUUUCGUGGCCAACGUAUCGACAGGGAACUACUACGACUACAAUGCCCAGCAUUUCUUCCUGGGUGAUAUUCAGAGUAAUGCAACACUCGACUUCAGUGCACUUGUUAAUUCUGUGCAAACACAAUGUCAUGUUAUCACACAAGAUUGUGAUGUCGGGGAGGGGUUCACCUGUGGGUCUUUCAGUGCGCCGUCCUUUGCAUGGAGCGGUGCCGUCGGUCUCAACCCACCUGUCGGAGCUGGCUUGAACAACGAGUCCAAUGUUGGCAUUCAAUUCUUCAACAGUUCCAACCAUUCAGAUGCCGUCGGUCGCAACGGGUCUACAAACUUAUUCGCUAUGCAAAACCCAAUCCCAUUCCUGGUCUGGUCCAAAGGGUUUCCUCCUGUCGACACAUCAUCCGAUCAGUUCGCAUAUAUGCGCGACAAUCAUUACAUCGGAUCAGACGCGUCUGGUGACCCUGUCUUCAUCCUGGACUGUGAGAUGUCAAUAUAUCAUGGUCGCUACAACUGGACUAACGGUGUCAUACCAACUGGUGGGCUCUACGACCUAGCCUUAGCUGAACCAGAAUAUGGUGCACUAUACUCGGCAGCUUUUGCAAUGGACACUGCCUUAGGUCACCUAAGUCUUCAGGACGCCGCUGCGCUUGCUGCCUACCAAGACAAGCCCGAAACACUGGCAACCAGAUUCAAUGACGUUCUCGUCACCAUGGUUCCAAAGGCUCCUCUGUGGACCUUGAUAGCUUUGAAAGCUGUGUACGCACUGUUUGCCCUGGUGUUAGCAGUGCUUGCUGUGGCUCUUGCAGAGCCUUUGACUACACAAGACAUCAAAGAGCGACUCACUAUCAACGGUUUAGCUGCUGGUCUUUUUGAGGCAGAAUCCCAUCUGAAGACUGGUGUGAAAGAAAUGGAGGAGCUCUUUGACGAGCACAAACACCAGGCAACUAGAACUGUCCAGAAGGUUGGUAUAGUGCAGAAUGAACGGGGAGGAUGGACCUGGGCUUCAACAAUGCAGCUGGCGAAUAAUUUGGGGCUCAAUCCACUGAAGAUCGAAAGGCUCGAGAACUGA